AUGGCUCACACGAUCGAGAUUGGAGUGGGAGGUGGCGAUAUCACUUUAGCAGCGCCUCCCUCUGCUGAUAUAUCAUCCCUCGGCAUGGCUAUGAAGCCUUCAUCAACGGCAGAUGAGGAUGACUCAAGUCUUUCCUCUACCGCAACAGACAUAUUCGACAGUAGCGAUGCACAUCCGAAGGCAGAAUGGACAUUGGACAGCAAUGGGGCUUGGCGCCGAUAUGGCUCAUCUGAGUCCGCCACUAGCACCGGCAUAUCAUCAAUGUGCUCGUCUAUCGUGGCCGACAAACCCGACGAUAUAACGAUCACCGUCAGUCCUGCAAGGAAACGAACGGCAGAUGGGUUGAUAAAGCAUUCUAGCAGCAUUAUCAAGAUCAAGGCCGAGGACAGUCCCGCUCCAGUAAUAAGCACUGAGGCAACCACGACAGUGACUACGAACGACACGCAAUCGCCACCUCGGAAAAGAAGAGGCAGGCCACCCAAAGACAAGACAACUGCCAGUAUACCUGCUGGAAAGCUUCGCAGGGCUUCCUUGAUAUCCCAGCUGCAGGACCGCGUGCGCCCACGAUCUUCGAUCCCUGCGUCACUACCCAAGGACAUCUUCGCAAGCGAAUGUAUAGAGGCUACACACGCCUCUAGACUUGAUCCCUAUUCCCUCCACAUUGGUGAGCAUGAACUACUCUCCGAUCUGCUGAUGAAUACGGAGGUCACAAUAUACCUCAACAUCCGCAAUGCCAUUCUUCGAAUGUGGAAUCAGAAUCCCCUCUGCACUAUUACUGUGGAGGAGGCAGCAGGUUGUGCUCGUGAGGGUCGCUUCUUUGGUCUGGCUGAAGUAGCAUACAAGUGGUUGGCGAGGAAUGGUUACAUCAAUUUCGGCUGUUUAGAGGUACCACGAGAAGCUGUGUCACUACGAAAAGGCACGAAGCAGAAAACAAUCGUGGUCGUGGGAGCAGGCGUGUCUGGCUUGACGACCGCAAGACAACUAGAAGGUCUCUUUGCACAGAACAGUGAACAUUGGACGGACGCUGGUGAGCGGCCGCCACGUGUCAUCGUCCUCGAAGGCCGCAGACGAGUAGGUGGCCGGGUAUACUCCAAACCUCUUAGGAGCCAGGUUGAGGGUAGUUUACCAGGCAAUCUUCGCAACACGGCCGAGAUGGGAGCCAUGAUCGUGACAGGAUUCGAUCACGGCAACCCACUCAAUACUGUCAUUCGUGGCCAACUCGGGCUCCGAUACCAUUUGAUGACCGAUGCGCUCACCAUCUACGACACGGACGGCGAGCCUGUGGAAGAGAAGACGGAUCAGAUCAAUACAGAACUGUACACCGACAUUUCAGAUCGAGCAGGCGACUUCCGUGCGAUGCCCCAGAAGCACAACACGCUCAAAGGCGAUGAAGAGCUUAUCGAUCGUGCUCGUGAUCCCGUCGCAGGCGGCUUCUCUGGUUUCCAGCUCGAACCUCUAUUCCCUGUCGACAAUGCGAAACACCGAAAGCCCGUGCUGAAGAGAGGCAGAAGAAGAAACGCACCACCAGGCACGGAGAAGCUCACCGGCAGAAGUCGAGUCAUAGAGGAGAGUGACGCCACCCAAAGCGCUGCCCGAGCGGCAAAGAUCAUGGGCUGGCAGUUAAAAGACGGUGUGGCCAGAGAUCAGUCGAUAUCGCUACGACGCACAGCGCAAGAUAGUCAACACCCGACUCUUGGCAGAGUCAUGGACGAAGCGAUCGAGCAGUACCAGGACAUCGUGGAUCUUACACCACAAGAUAUGCGGCUGCUCAACUGGCAUCAUGCCAAUCUGGAAUACGCGAAUGCUGCACCAGUAUCAUGGCUGAGCUUGUCUGGUCACGACCAAGAUACGGGCAACGAGUUCGAAGGAGCGCACUCUGAGAUUAUCGGUGGAUACACGCAGCUUCCUCGUGGCCUAAUGCACUUGCCCACGAAAUUGGAUGUACGCUUCGACUGCACCGUGGACAGCAUACACUACAACGAGAAUCAAGAUCCAUCGCUCAGCACGAGAGUUGUCUGCACGAAUGGGGAGGUCUUUGAAGCGGAUGAGGUCGUACUGACCGCUCCUCUCGGCGUUCUAAAGGCAGACGUGGUUGACUUCGACCCACCUUUACCGGGCUGGAAGCAGGGUGCUAUCGAUCGCAUGGGGUUUGGCUUACUGAACAAGCUCGUUCUCCUGUACGACAAACCAUUCUGGGACAACAGCCGCGACAUGUUCGGAUUAUUGAACGAAGCCGAAUACCAAGACAGCCUCGAUCCUGCACAUUAUGCCAAAACCCGCGGUCGCUUCUAUUUGAUUUGGAAUGCUUCAAGAACAAGCGGGCGGCCCAUGCUGGUGGCACUCCUGGCGGGACAUUCGGCGCAUGAGGCGGAACAGACGGAUAGUAGUACACUCCUCGAAGAGGUCAAUCGCCGACUACGAAAGAUCUUCUCGCCUGCCAUCAUACCCGCGCCUAUCGAGGUCAUUGUCACGAGAUGGAAGAGGGAUCCGUUCACGAGGGGCACGUAUUCCUACGUGGCGCCACAGACACGGCCGGGUGAUUACGAUCUUAUGGCUGAGCCGGUCGGCAAUCUGCAUUUUGCUGGUGAGGCGACUUGUGGCACGCAUCCUGCGACUGUGCAUGGUGCAUUCCUGUCUGGACUGCGUGUGGCUGCGGAUGUUAUGGAAGCGUUGACUGGACCGAUCUCACUGCCCAACCCGCUUGUUGGCCCCGCACCUGUCAAGGCAGAUCCAUCCGUGCCUUAUCACUAUUCACAGCGCGCAUAUACAAACAGUAGCGCCACCACGAACGCCUUGGUUUCGAUGAACUAUACUAGUCAAGCUACGUUGGGAGCAUCGGAUGUGACGGAGCCAGUAAUCAAGCAAGAGCAGGACACCACAACUCUCGCCGCCGUACCACCUGCGACCGCUGCACCGGCAGCAUCACUCAUCAAACAACCCUCUGGCCCACCACGCAAGUCAGUCUGCGCCGCCGAUACCUCCUUCUGGGUCUCCUCCGCUGCCUACGAAUCCAGUGAUCUCGACUACGAAGCCGGGGUGAUCGGCGCGAUCCUCGUAACCAUAGGUGACCAACCCGUGAAGCCUACCCGACCAGGCGUCAACCCAUUCCUCCUCUUCACGAAAGAAAAGUGGGAAGAAUGUAAGACCUACUGCGCGGCGAACAGCACGCCUGCUCCACGUAAGAAUUCUGCCGGGAGCACUGCUCCUGCCGAAGGCGCUGGUCGCGAUCAGAUCCGCUCGACGAUAGGUAAAUGGUGGAAAGCUGCUUCUGAGGAAGUGAAGGAGCCUUAUGUGGCGCAGGGACGCCAGGCGCAAGAGGUGGCGGACAAAUUGCGCAAGGAGUAUGAGACGAAAGCGCAGUGGUGGGAUGCGGAAGCGAAGAGGAUAAGAAAGGAGUAUGUGGAGAAGAUCCCGCCGCCGCAGGGUGUAGGCGGUGGGGGUGGGGGUGCCAGCGGGCUGGGUGUGAGUAAGAGGAAGACGAAUACGAGCAAUUGUAUCGUCCUGGAUCGUGCGUAG